AUGGAAGAGGAUGCUUCGAGCAUGAUCUCGAGUGCCAAAAUGAACGUGACAGCAGAAACCUCAGAUUCAAACAACACCCGUUACACGUUGCAGGCAAACAACAAGCGGACGAGACACGACAACAAUGCCGCCGCCACCUCCAUAGCAAAAUUCAAAGGAGUUGUGCCUCAGGUAAACGGACAUUGGGGUGCACAGAUAUAUGCCAACCACCAGAGGAUUUGGCUGGGGACGUUUAAGUCUGAAAAGGAAGCCGCCAUGGCUUAUGACAGCGCUGCAAUAAAGCUUCGCAGUGGGGAUUCACAUAGAAAUUUUUCAUGGACCGAUCAGACCGCUCAAGAGCCUAAUUUCCAAAACAAUUACAGCACAGAAGCAGUUCUAAACAUGAUAAGGGAUGGUUCCUACCCAUCAAAGUUUUCCGCCUUUCUUCGCACCCAAUCUCAAACCAACGAAAUUGGAAUCAGUCUCAAGCAAACGAGGGUAGUGCAUGGCGACGAACAGUUUUCAUGCAGCCAACUUUUUCAGAAGGAGCUAACACCAAGCGACGUGGGUAAGCUUAAUCGGCUUGUAAUUCCAAAGAAAUAUGCCGUCAGGUACUUUCCUUGCAUUUGUGAAAGUGUCGACGACAAUGGCGGCGGUGGCGGCAGCGGCAGCGGGGUGGACGACAUUGAAUUACUGUUCUAUGACAAGCUAAUGAAGUCGUGGAAAUUUCGUUACUGCUAUUGGAGGAGUAGCCAAAGUUUUGUCUUCACAAGAGGUUGGAACAGAUUCGUGAAGGAAAAAAAGUUGAAGGCAAAUGAUAUCAUCACAUUUUAUACAUGUGAACGUGCUGAAAAGGCAAAAGAGGGUGAAACAUUUUGUUUAAUCGAUGUAAUUUAUAAUGGGGGAGAGAGCAAGAAUUGUUUGGUUGAGGGGAUCAACGAUGUGCAGGUGGAAUUAGAAUUAAAUUUGGGGAAAAAAUUCAUCAGCUACAAAGUAGAUGAUCAUCAGGAUGAGAAUGGAUUUAAGGAAGAGAAGGAAUUGAGUGGACUGGAUCGGACACACAGCGUGGAUGAAAAAGGUUUUAGGCUCUUUGGUGUACAUAUCAACUGA